CCCAAUGCAUUCUGGUCGCCGCUGCACGUUCAGCAAGAAGCUGUAGGCUACGAUCUGCACCGGAAUCUCAGGAAUUUGAGGUGUCCGCAUCAGUUCAGUCGGUCGAGCCGAACCCUCAGAACCACACGGUAUUCUUUCACUGACAAUCCGGUUGAAAGAGAAAAAUGUCUCAGGCUGAAAAAAUUAAGCAAGGGCAGUUCACCAACCCAGAGACCCCGGGGUAUGUGGGCUUUGCCAACCUGCCCAACCAAGUGCACCGCAAGUCAGUCAAAAAGGGCUUCGAGUUCACCCUCAUGGUAGUCGGCGAGUCCGGUCUGGGCAAGUCCACCCUGAUCAACAGCCUGUUCCUCACUGACCUCUACCCUGAGAGGAUCAUCCCUGGAGCUGCAGAGAAGAUUGAGAGGACAGUCCAGAUCGAGGCAUCCACGGUGGAGAUCGAGGAGCGAGGAGUGAAGCUCCGCCUCACCGUGGUGGACACACCUGGAUACGGCGACGCCAUCAACAGCCAGGACUGCUUCAGCACCAUCAUCGCCUACAUCGACGACCAGUUUGAGCGCUACCUCCACGACGAGAGCGGCCUGAACCGCCGACACAUCGUGGACAACCGUGUCCACUGUUGCUUCUACUUCAUCUCCCCGCUGGGCCACGGUCUGAAGCCACUGGAUGUGCAGUUCAUGAAGGCCAUCCACAACAAGGUCAACGUGGUGCCUGUCAUCGCCAAGGCGGACACGCUCACUCUGAGAGAGAGGGAGAGGCUCAAGCGCAGGAUUCUGGAUGAAAUCGACGAGCACGGCAUCAAGAUCUACCACCUCCCCGACGCCGAGUCGGACGAGGACGAAGACUUCAAGGAGCAAACCAGGAUCCUCAAGGCCAGUAUUCCCUUUGCGGUGGUGGGAUCCAACCAGCAGAUCGAGGCCAAGGGGAAGAAGGUGCGGGGUCGUCUCUACCCCUGGGGGGUGGUGGAGGUGGAGAACCCGGAGCACAACGACUUCCUCAAGCUCCGCACCAUGCUCAUCACCCACAUGCAGGACCUGCAGGAGGUGACCCAGGACCUGCACUACGAGAACUUCCGCUCGGAGCGCCUCAAACGGGGCGGCAGGAAGGGCCCGGAACCGGAGGAAAUGGACAAGGAUAUGAUCCUGCAGGAGAAGGAGGCUGAGCUGAGGAGAAUGCAGGAGAUGAUUGCCAAGAUGCAGGCUCAGAUGCAGAAACAGGGAGAUGGAGAGGGUGAUGCGUGAAAGCCCACGGUUUGGAGCUGUUCAUUGAGCCUGACCAGAGAAGAAAGGAGGAUGGCAGAGGAAAAGGAAGUAGAGUGAAAAUCAAAAGAAAGAUAUCAUCGGAAGAUACUGGUCCCUGUCUCAAACUGCUUGCCACCAUCUUAUUUUAGUUCACUCCUACAUAAGCAGUAUUAUGUUUUUAUUGUAUUUACACACGUUUUUGUUUCUAAUAUUCCAUAUUUCUAUGCUAUUGGAUUAGGCCAGUUAUUGAAAUGAAGAAUAUCCCCCUUUAAUGGGGAACAUCAUUUUGUUACAGUCAUUAAGACUUGUUUGUUAUUUUACUUUACUUAGCUUUUUUCUUUGCUUCUUUUGCUGUUGAGAAAGCCAAAAGCCCCCACUCCUUCUCUCAGUACUGUGAUUGGCUGUCCACUUGGAUCUAAAACCACUCAUCAUGUUUCCUCAAGCUACAAGUGGUGUGGCCAACGACUGUGAACGCUUGAAACUCGCUUCCUGUCUAAACGGCAAAACCUCAUCUGUAAUGUCAGGUGUUUUACCCUCCCUUUUAAUCUGUUGUCAUGCCAAUAUUGAAGGACUGUCAAUACUUGAGAUUCCUCACCAGUGUUUUUUCUGUCCUGCAUGCACCACUGUACCUGGUCUGAAGUGGCAUUGUGCUUCAGAUUGACUAGUGAAGACUCAAAUAUACUGUGACCUUUGGCCUCUCACCCUGUAGCCCUGGCCCAUGAAGGAGACGUUGAUGUUCUCGAUGGUGUGCUUCUGUGGAUGCUGUUCUCCUACCUGAGGUUUAUAUCUAGUUGUCAACCCAUUUAAUGCAGAAAAGUGCCCUAACAAAUGCAUGGUAAAACUGUGACGACUGUGUUCAAGACGCGUUUAUAAAGACAUAACUAUUCCUUUAGGCCCCCUUUCAAUGUGGAGUGAAGUUCCUUCCAGCGUCUGUGCUGCAGAGGUCGUACUGCCCAUACUGUAGGACUCAUCUGUUUCUGGCUGAGUGCCUCUGGAGGAGAUAGAGCUUCUGGAAGUUUGAACUGGUCCUUUUUAUUUGCCAUGACCACCAUUUAUGGUCAUGAUAUGGACCUUCAUGAGUCUAUGCUGCUCAAACCAGGCAGAGGCCAAUUUAGAGUUCUUAACAUUCCAGUUUCUGCCGUUUUAUCCAAAUACUAUCAAAUAAAAGUAUUUACAUAUCCUAUACUUGUAAUAAAAUUUGUAUUAAACAUA